ACGCACAUUACCUUUGUUUCAGACAACAACGUUGUUUCUAAAACCCAGUUUAAACCCUUUUUCUCUUCUCCUUCUCUCUGCGUUCCAAUUCACAGCUAAACUAUGCAAAUUUCUCUGACCAAUUCAGCAUUCGAGACCCUCAAAAUCUUCCCAUUUCACCAACCAAUUUUCCCUCAGAAACCACCGAACCACCACCAAGUUUCGUUGCCAACCCAACUCAAUGCCGUUAAAGGGUCGGGCUAUUUGUCCAAUAUCAGCAAAGCAAUCGAUUACGAAGAACAGUACAAGCUAGCGAAGUCACAGGUUCAUCGUAAGGGUUUGAACUUGGAAGGUUAUUCCAUUGAGGGUCUCUCAAUUGGUGGGCAAGAGACAUGUAUCAUAAUCCAUGAGUUCAAGUGUGCUUUUGAUAUUGGGAGGUGCCCAACUAGAGCUAUUCACCAAAACUUUGUGUUUAUUACUCAUGCUCAUCUUGAUCACAUUGGAGGCCUGCCAAUGUAUAUAGCUAGCCGUGGUUUGUACAAUUUGAAACCUGCCACUGUAUUUGUGCCUCCUUGCAUCAAAGAGGAUGUUGAGAAGCUGCUUGAUAUUCACAGGACGCUGGGCCAAGUUGAAUUGAAUGUUGAAUUGGUUGCUUUGGAUGUGGGGGAGACAUAUGAGAUACGGAAUAACCUUGUUGUUCGACCAUUCAAAACACAACAUGUUAUACCCAGCCAGGGUUAUGUAGUCUAUUCAAUCAGGAACAAGCUGAAGAAACAGUACACUCACCUGCAAGGGAAACAAAUUGAAAAAUUAAAGAAGUCAGGUGUUGAGAUUACAGAUACAAUAUUAUCUCCUGAGGUGGCCUUCACCGGGGAUACAACAUCAGAUUUUAUGCUUGAUCCACUUAAUGCUGAUGCCUUGAGAGCGAAAGUACUUAUAACUGAGGCAACUUUCCUGGACGAUUCAUACAGCAUAGAGCAUGCUCGCGAACAUGGUCAUACACAUAUAUUUGAGCUCAUGGAAAAUGCUCAGUGGAUUCGCAACAAAACAGUUCUGUUGACUCAUUUUUCAUCAAGAUACAAUAUUGAGGAAAUUCGUCAAGCUGCAUCAAAAUUGCAGGCCAAGCUGUCUGCAAAAGUGGUUCCUCUUACUGAAGGCUUCAAAUCAAUGUACUCUUAAGUGUUCUGAGAAAUAUAUUAGUUGUAUCCCAGUUUCAUAGCUUGUAAAUUAGAGAGGUGUACUUACUUUUGUUUUUCCCCUUGUAAUCUUACUAUUAGUUCAUAUUAAACCAAAAUUCUGCUAAAGAAUUGAAUUUGAUAACUUAGCCCCAUCAACAA